UGUAUUUUUAUAAACCAUGUGCUCUCCUGCAGGCCUGACAGUGAUAAAGUAGAAAAGUCCCAGAAAGGGACUGGUGUACCUUUCAUUCACAACAGACAUUGAGGCAGACUCCAGCACUGAGCUUUGAUUGGACACAAAAAGAAAAGGACAUUGUCAAAAUUACAAAAGGUAUCCUUAAGAAGACAAGCAGACUAGAAGAACAUGGAUCUAAAGACUGAAAACUGCUCAAAUGGCCUCACGCCAGGCAUCAGCUUGAAGAAGUUACACAAGAUGGCCGAAGACCUGAUACUGCCGGGAAAGUUCAUCAUCAGAGUCCUCAAUGUUGCUCUGGAGUUUGUAACAAACUUGCUGGCCAGAAUUUUAGGAAGCCACCUGGUCAGACGACAUUUCCACCUGGUGCUGUCUAGUUUGGUUCUGUUUGGGCCUGUGCUGAGUUUUUGGGUGUCAAAGUUCAGCCUCUUUGCAAACAGCCACCACUACCUGUACAGGAAGUUCCUAAAAUCCACUUGGGGUUGGACCUGGAUCUUGACAGGUUCCUUCAUCCUCCUCCUCUCCCUCUCAGCCCGUGACUCCAUGUCUGUUUCCCUCCGCCACCUCUCUCGGGUAGGGGUCGUCGGGUUGCUCUGGUGGGGCUGUCAGCACCUCUUGACCCUGCUGGAGGAUGCAGCAGGGACCUGUUAUGAAACAAUGACUGUUGCACAGGACAUCCAGAGCUCUGCCUCCCCAGGACUGCCGCUGCUGCUCCUGCAUGAAGAUGAGACCAAGGCCUCCUGCCUCAAAGCCAACAUGGUGUGGAGGGGUUACGAAGUAUCCCAGGAUGUACUCAUCCUCUGCUUGUGUUGCCUACUGCUGGUGGAGGAAUUGUCUGUCUUUGGUGCUCACAUAGUCCAAGCGACACCCAUGCAGAGAUCCCCCGGAGCCCCAUUGAGAUUCAUCUUCCUCCUGUGUGUACUUCUACUUGCUGUGUGGAUUUUCCUGCUACUGUGUUUGCUCUCACACUUCCCCAAGUUCCCUUCCCAGCAGCUGGGAGGAGCUCUGGGCUACCUGGGGUGGAAAGGACUUUAUCAGGGGUGGUACAGACUCAAACCGUGCUGGGGCUGUCCUGGUUUGCCAGGAGACAGACUUUUUACCUCCACAGACGCUGACAAAAGGCUACAAUAUUAAACUCUGAGUAAAUGAUAUUUGAGGGAUGACAGUGUGACGUUGACAGCUCAGGAUGUAUUGAACGGUCAAAAGGUUUUCAUUAGGGCUGUGACGAGAAUCUAGGUAUGUUACCUGUGAACGCCCUUUACAACAUUGCGUAA